GCGUUGGAAGAUUUACCAAUUGAUACCACAGAAGAAGAAGUGCAAGAGCGUUUCCGGUUUGAACCGUUUUGAACCGCACCGAUGGAUUCUAUUCGCGACUGAUGGGAGAGUAGCGGAUAUUUUAUAUUCCUUUCAGCGGACAAAGCAUCCAGGUGUGUGAAUGAUCAGCCGGUUUGUCCUGUGAGAAGCUAAGCGCCAGCCAGCUAAGCCCGGUGCUAUAUGUAGUUGAAUAGUUUAGAGGCUCCCCGUGUUUAUCAUUGGGAUCCAAGCGGACCGUCAACAGGACAUAAACAUGGCUGCUCCGACUCUACAGCAGCCCAGUUUCCUGCUGGUAAACCUGAAAAGCGAUUCCACCACCAAACCCCUCCUCCAGCGAUGCCAAGAUCUGGUGAAGAUCAUCGACGAGUAUCCUGCAAAGGAGCUGCACCUCAUCCUGCCCUGGCUGGUGGAGAGCGUGUUCGGCAGUCUGGACGGCUGCACCGCCGGCUGGAACCUGCGGCUCCUUCACGCGCGGAGCAACGAGUACAACGUCGUUCUGGAGUUUCUGAACCCCAGCGGACCAAUGAUGAAGCUUGUGUAUAAACUUCAAGCAGAAGAGUACAAAUAUGAAAUACCCGUCAAUUAUCUCCCAGGUCCUGUUAAGGUCUGCAUUCAGCAGGGGAUCCUCCCAGAAUGCCCUCUGUUCCACAACAAGCUGCAGUUCCCCCUCUCUGGUCUGCUGACUCUGAACCUGGCUCUCAAUCCUUUUGAGUUCUUCAUGUUCCAUUUUGCCUCCUGUCUCAUCACGCCAAAGAGCUUCCCUCAAGGCGCCCACGUGAGCUCCUCUGACAGCGCCUACUUCGUGCUGGUGGACACGUACCUGAAGUACUUCCUGCCCAGCGAAGGAAGCGUUCCGCCCUCCCCCUUCUCUGACUCCAGAGGCUCCGUCACUGCUCCGUCACCCAGAUCUUCCAGCGUGUCUUUCGCUGGUUACGGCGUCCACAGCCCGAGUCUCCUGAAGCACCACAUAUUCCACCAACCGUCUGUCAACGCCGACCCGGCUGCUCAGGAAAUCUGGAGGUCGGAGACGCUGCUGCAGAUGUUUGUGGAGAUCUGGCUCCAUCACUACUCCUUAGAGAUGUACCAGAAGCUGCAGUCUCCUCAGGUAAAGCUGGCGCUGCUGCAGUACCGCCUCAGCAUGUCCAGCAUGCCGAGUCAACCCUUCGCCCCACCAGGCUCUGGGACCCUCCACACCUACCAAGAGCCGUUCAGCCCGACGGAGGAGCACGUCCUGGUGGUGCGCCUCCUGGUCAAACACCUGCACGCCUUCUCCAACAGCCUGAAGCCCGAGACGCUGUCCUCCUCCUCGCCCUCCGCCCACUCGCACGCCCACACCAGCCCGCUGGAGGAGUUCAAGAGGGUGGUGGUGCAGCGUUUCGUCCAACAGAAACUCUACUUGUUCCUGCAGCACUGCUUCAGUCACUGGCCUCUGGACGCCUCGUUCAGAGCGGUGCUGGAGACCUGGCUGAGCUACAUUCAGCCGUGGAGAUACACCGGGGAGAAGAUCAGCGCUCAGCCGGAGCAGAACAGAACCGUACCCGACAAGUGGGAGCCCUUUGUCCAGGAGAACCUGCUGAUGUACACCAAGCUCUUCCAGGUGCUGCUCAACAGAGCCGUGAGGACGGACCUGGUUAACGCCAAAAACGCGCUGAUGAUCUUCAGGGUGGCCAAAGUGUUCUCUCAGCCCAACCUCGGCGAGAUGAUCCAGAAAGGCGAGCAGCUGUUCCUGGAGCCGGAGCACGUCCUCCAACACCGGCAGCCCCGUGGCUACCUCACGCCGGGCCAAGGCGGCAGCUUCCUGUCGUCGCGGCAACGUGCGGCGACCGACCUGGUGUUCCGGGUGAAGAGCCACGUGUACGCCCUGGAGGGCCAGGACUGCCAGUACAAGCAGAUGUUUGGCUGCGAGCUCAGAGGGGCGGUCAUGAAGCUGAUCCAGAUCAUCGCACAGGCCCGGCAGACGGCCAAGAGGAUUUCUGAUCACUCCGGAGAGGCAGCAGCCAGCAGCUCGUUCCUCUCCUGGUUCGGAAUGGGAACCCCCGACCUCAACAGCACCUUCUGCGGGGCCGAGCCAGAGGAGAGCGGCGAGUGUCUGAAGAAGACCCACGAGUUCCUGGACCGGGCUUUGGAGAACCUGUGUCAGAUUUUCAAGCUGAAUCAGGGUCAGCUGGCUCAGCUCAUCUCCAACGUCGGCUCCUCGCAGGACGACGGCCACUGCAAGCAGCUGCCGGACUGCAUCCAAGGAGAGAACGGACUCAUCCUCACGGACCUGGGCAGGAAGCAGAUCAUAAGCGGACUGCGCAGGUUCGACAUUCAGUAUCAAGGAGACCCGGAGCUGCAGCCCAUUAGGAGCUACGAGAAUGCCCUGCUGGUCCGGCUCUUCUACCAGAUCUCUUCUUUGCUCAAUGAGAGGUUCGGUGGUCACAUGAACGCACUCUGCUCCCGGCCGGACCUCCUGGGGCGGCUGGGCCGCCACUUCCUGGCGGCGGAUCCCGGCUCCUCGGGCAGGAGCCCGGUUCCUCGGCCCCCGUCGGGGGGGAACCGGAGGCCUCGCCUCAGCCUGCGUCCGCUGGCCAGCUACCGGACGCUGCUGCUGCUGCUGCUCGCCUACGGCGCAGGGGCCGCGCUGGCUUUAGGCCCCGCCUCCUGCACCCUGCUGCUCCUGGUGGGGGGGCUCCUGUACGGACUCCUCGUGGCGCUGCUUGGAGACAAGCUGAAAACGCACUAGCAGAGCAGACGGAAAUAAACAUUUAAAACAUCCACACAAGGAAUUUGAUUCAAGUUUAGAAGGUUUGCAACAAACUAAUAUCACUUUUACCAAUUAGUUUUUAUGAAUAAUUAGUUUUUGACCAAAUAAUGUCAACGUUGACAAAACAUAUUUAACGUUCUCUGAUGUUCAUUUUUGAAACAUGAACCUGACAAUGUUUUUUUGUUUUUUUUACCUAAAACUCUAAAAAUGAUUAAUCAAUGGUGAAUAAAGUUCCAUAAUUAACUGACCAAUUGCUGAUGCCUUGUUCCCACGAGGUCAAAGGUCAGAGUGGAAUACUCCUUUAAACUUUGCUCGUCAUCAUUAACCAUGUAAAUAAAUACUUAACCUGAAGCUUUUGAUUCUUCUUCCAGCAGAGCAUGAAGACACAUGACAGCCAAAACCUUUUUAUUCCCAGAGACGCAAUAAAGCGUUUGCACUUAGUUGUAGUUCUAAUGUAAUUUAUUUUUUAAUUUCAUGAUGAAUCUCAUUGUGACCUCAUGACAUUAAUGUUGAAUAAACAUUAAUAAAGUAGGAACAGUAUGAGGAUGAAUCACAGAACCAAUCAAUGGUUUUUCUUCAUUUUUAUUGUAGAUUAAUAUGGUAGACGUCACAUUACAUCACAUGUCAUUUAUCUGAGGCUUUCAUCCAAAGCGACUUACAAUAUAUGUUUCAACAAACCCAGAAGAACAAGAAACAAAGUGCAAUUUC